AUGGCGAACGACACCCAAACGCCUGAAGGCUACGCCCCCUUUGACUUGUAUCCUUACAACCCAUCUCAAGGUCCAGCGUAUGCGUUCUUGGGCCUUUUUGGAGCAGCGGGUAUUGCCCACUUCAUCAUGAUAUUCCCCUAUCGAGCAGCCUUUCCCAUCCCGAUGAUCAUCGGGUGCGGUAGCAGUGAAGAUCUGGAAGAGGCCAAGCGAGGCCAGACUAUCAUCAUCGGCGGACUGGUUCUCCAGAUCCUGGCUUUUGCCUUGUUCAUAACCUGCACUCUCACCCUGCAGCUCAGGCUCCACUCAAACCCUCCGGUCCAGUGUGUUGCAGGUGUGAUCACGCACUAUCGUCGAUACUUCAUCGCACUCUACUGCACCAGCGGCUUGUUCUUGAUCCGCAAUUUGGUCAGAAUUAUCGAGUAUAAGCAAGGUGGUGAUGGCCCACUGUUGUCAAAUGAAGCGUUCUUAUAUUGCGACGAGGUGAAGCCGCAGUGCGGAAAAUGCGUUCAGUUUGGUGUAUGGUGCGACUACUCCCCCCAACCACCAGCUUCCCAGGCUUCUAUCAGCCCUCAGCCCGACAGUCAAUCACGGCGCCCGGGGCGUCCCAGAUCGGAUUGGACAUCAUGGGCUGAGCAGAUCCGGUCUCACGCAGCAGAUUCUGCCGCAGAAAGCUCUGGGCAUCUGAAUACAAUGGAUCUUGAGCUCUUUCACAACUGGAUGACCAGAACUGCAAGCACUCUUGGCGAUGGUAGUUCCCAGAGCCUUCUUUGGUCCGAAGGGGCGCCUCGAGUGGGAUUUCAACACAACUGCAUACUCAAACUUAUACUCUCAUUGUCUUCAUACCAUCUGGCCCGACUUAAACCUAUCGAUGGACAGCGAUAUUCGUUAAUUGCAGAAACGCAUCUGACGGCUGCGUUGCAACCAGCCAUGAUGUUGAUCAGUAAUCUCGGUGGAGAUAACAGCCCAGCUGCGUAUCUGACGUCCGUCUUGAUAUGCUUCGUUGCUCUCGCCAAAGGUCCGAGCCCCGGGAAUCUUCUCCUUACCAACAUCGAAGGGCAAGUUUCAUGGCUUCAUCUCCUUCGGGGUGUACGUUUAGUUGUUGAGUCCACAGGCUGGUCAUCGAUAUUCUCGGGUAUGCUGGCAGAGUAUGCUCCGAUACCUGGCAACGAUACUUCAGAACACAGCGCAACGACCGAUCCAGCCUUAAUGGUUGAUGGUAUUGAAGACUGGCGCUCUUCUUUGAACGAAAUAUCGCAUCUGAUUGCUCAAUUGGCAGAGGAAAAGCUUGGCAACGCCUACGAUCGUGAACUUCAAGCUCUCACUACAUGUUUUGAAAGGACAUUUCACAAGGGGCAAGACGCUACCUUGGAUAUAAUUGGUAAGCUUCAGGAUGUUGUAGGCUGGGUCUACCGACUUGGAGACGAUUACAUGGAAGGAUUACGCCAAAGAGACCUCAUCUCAACAGUCAUUCUGGGACAUUUUUGCGUCCUACUUCGGACAGUUGAGGCCCAGUUUUGGUUCAUGCACGGAUGGGCGGCCCAUAUCAUGGGGGAGAUCCUCGUUAUUUCUCCCAACUCUCUACAAUGGCUCUCAUGGCCAAUUUCGUACCUGAACCCAUAG